AUGACGCGCCCCGGACUCGUCAGAGCUGACACUAUCGACCUCCAAAACCAAGACGCUCCCACGACCCAAGACCACCACUCGCACUCGCUUCAACCUUCGGACCUUGGCAAACACCAGGCCUCCGAGAUUCGCCAUGUCCGUGCAGAGAGACAUGAAGAAGAGGAGCACCUGCACGAUGCUUGGAGCCGCGCCCAUGACGACGUGGAAGUCAAUGAGUUGACCGACGACCAACUACAAGCACACAACCACGAGAAUGGCGACUCGACCGAUGACGACGACUUGGACGAUGACAUGCUCGACGACCGCAUUUCCAGUUCUCCCUCUAUCGACGAUGGUGCGUACCCUGAUUCUUCUGCUUGGCCACCGCGCUCUUCCUCCUUAACCCCUCCCCGCCAAACACUCAACUGUGAGGCAAUCGAUUCUCCCGACUCGUCACCCUUCGUUGUUACUCCUGCCCACCUGCCUCUACUUGUCAAGUCGGGCGCCGACGACGUAGCUUCGCCUGCCGAGUCUUUGCAUUCGUCUUCUCCCUUUCUGCACUCUCCGAAGCAUUUACCGCUGUCGGCCUCCCCUCUGUUCAGCCGUCAUCAUCAUGCGGGUGAGUAUCCCGGUGGGUAUCCCAACGUCAACGGCCAUAACCAACAUACCGACAAUUACGACAUCGACGACUUCUACAUGGACCAGACUGGACCACAAGAUGAGUAUUCCGGUAUACACAAGGUUUCGAGCCACAAUUUGUCGCAUAAGUCCGUCGAGGACCUUACGGCAAUACUCGAGGAAGAUGAUGAAGAUCAAGUGCACAUGUCCAACCUCCACCCGGGCCCAGCAUCCAACGAGAUGCCUGGCACGCGAACAGGAUCUCCCUCCUCCUGGAGCACCUUCAGUGACGCCUCGGCUGCCUCAAGCUCGCAACAGAAUGAAAACGAUGAUGAUAAUGAUGAUGACGACCUGGAUGUUUCCUUUCACUCUGAUGACCGUUUUGUCGAUUCCGGUUGGGGCGGCGAAUGCUUACGUGAAACAGAAGAUAUCGAUUUCGACUUUGUCUAUGCCCUACACACCUUCGUGGCCACUGUUGAGGGACAAGCCAAUGCUGGAAAGGGUGAUACCAUGGUCCUGCUAGACGAUAGCAACAGCUACUGGUGGCUCGUCAGAAUUGUCAAGGACAAUAGCAUAGGCUAUCUCCCGGCCGAGCACAUCGAAACCCCGACAGAACGCCUGGCGCGUCUAAAUAAGCACAGAAAUGUCGAUCUAUCUGCAGCAAUGCUUGGAGACAGUGCCGAAAACUCGAAGAACCCGUUGAAGAAGGCCAUGAAGCGACGCAAGGCGAAGACUGUACAGUUCACAGCUCCUACAUUCGUCGAGGCAUCUGAUUAUGAUUACUCAUCGGACGAGGAAGAUGGCUUGAUGCCCGAACCUUUGUACGGGAAUGGCGGUCAGCAAGGACAAGAUGACGACUCCAAGUCUGCAAACCAAGACAAAUCAACCGGAACAGACAUCACCACGACUGUUGUCGAAGUCGGCAGAGCCGAUACACCCGACUUGGCCAGUCCCGGCAGCGAUAUCAAGGCCCCUGCCGAAGAACCCCUUAGCAGUCCUGCUUUGGUCGACAAAACAGAAGCAGCGCCGCUCAAAUCAUCUCGCAAGGGGACGCCACGGAAUGCCGACUCCUUCCUCAAGGACGAUGGAGCAGAACCUCUCAAGAUCUCUCUUACGCCAAACUUGCUGCGGGAUAAUAGCAAUGGAAGCCGCUCUCUGGAAAGCACUAGCUCCAGCAUGGAAGGCCUCGAGAAGAGUGCAUCUCCACCAGACAAGUCAAAGGACGACAAGAAAAAGAAGGAAAAGAAGCCAGGCAUGCUCAGUGGUCUUUUCAAGAGCAAAAAGAAGGACAAAAGAAACAAGAACUCGGUCGAUGAGGACAGCGACAUUGAGAAGUUGUCGACUGAACUUGCUCGGCAAUCCACAUCGUCCGAUUCGAACAAAGGCUCCCCCGCCGAGCGCUCUGCUCAAUUCCCGGCUCCAGAACAGAAGUCGAAGGGCAAGCUGCAGAAACCUCAAGCCGGAAAUGCCUCGCUCGUCAACACUGCUCCUGUGGUGUCUGCUCCUGUUCAAGCCCCAGUCUUAGCACCAGCACCCUUGGUCGUUCAGCCUACUGCCCAGCAGCCUAUGGCCACACCUGCUCAGCAACGUCCGAGAGACGAUUAUCCACAAACGAGUUUCGUCGCCGAACUUGAAGGUUCGACUGUAGAUGCCCCUACACAACGCAGUGUAGAAAUGCGCCCACAGGAGACAAGAACCCCGAGCGAGACAUUGCUUGGGUCGCAUACGCUUUCGUCCAUCACGAAUAAGAUACGACACACCGACUCACAAGAAAGCAUCAAGCCAAAAAAGGCAAAGAAGGCCAAAGCUCGCGUUGAGCUCGACGACUUUGACGAGAUUAGUGAAGAGGAGGAUCACAAGGAGACUCAAGUUAAAGAACUCGACGGCAGUCCUAGUGAUGCGUUCAUGCACGGCACUGAGACGGUUCACAUUCCUGUCAGCCUUGAGGACUCAUCCUCGCCGGACGAUCAUGACCCGAACGAGGAGAGGCGUGACGAUGAAAGCUCUGAGAUGACGAGCUCCUCGAGCAUGAUUGAUACACCCAAGGCAUCCCUGGAGGGCACACGCGAAGAAGACAAACACAUACAAAAAGUCCCGAGCUCGGUAACCACAGACGACGACCAAACACCUCUGGCAUCCAAGCGACAGUCGAUAGUGACCAGCGGAGUCUCGACGCCUCAACAGCCGCCACUGAAUCCACCAAUUCGACGUGCGCCAUCGCCUCCGCAGAGGGCAAGCUCAACAACGCCGUCCAACGGUUCUUCGAUCAGAAUGUCUCCAUCACCUGCAUCAACACGAAGCCCUGCAUCGACUGCAGGUACGUUGAACACAUGGUCCGAUGCGAGUCUACGGGCAUGGCUUGACGGAGCCGAGAACGAUGUACGCGACAUGCUUGUCAUCAUCCAUGACAAGAGCUCGGUCGUGCCGGUAGCGCGCGACCAUCCGCUCAUGGCGAAUCUCUUUACAGAUGAGAGCCGCAGGCUAGCGGGUUUGCAGGACGAACUCGACGGGCUGCUCGGUAAUUGGCUGGCUCGCAAGAAGAGCGUGAGAGAAGUAGCCACCACAUAG